CAUUCCUAGGUGUGUCGGUUAUUGAAGAAAGAUAAACUCUGAAAUUCUAUAAAGAGAGUAGCAAAUAGAAAUAUUUUUCAGCCAUUACAUGAAUCGAAACAUGUUUCAAGGAUAGCUCAUGAAGAACAAUGAAUUCUCCAAUGCUCAAAAUUCUAAUAGCUCUGCUGCUUUUGACUCUAUCUUUUCAAGCAUAUGGACAGUUUGAGGAAUGGUGCAUAGCAGAUGAGCAGACACCAGAUGAGGAGUUACAAAGGGCCAUAGAUUGGGCUUGUGAAAAUGGUGGAGCAGAUUGCAGCAUGAUAAAAGUGAACCAACCAUGUUACCUUCCAAAUAGCUUGAAGAACCAUGCCUCCUAUGUCUUCAACAGUUACUAUCAGAGGUUCAAGCACAAUGGAGGCUCUUGCUAUUUCAAUUCUGCUGCAAUCACCACUGAUCUUGACCCAAGUAAUGGCUCAUGCAAGUAUGAAUUGCUUCCUUGAAUAAUGUAUGAAGUGAUUUAUUUUCUAAGAUCAUAUUUUGCAGUUAAACUUUGUUGGCAGUAAUGGAGUCUGUAUGCUUAUGUUA